GCCCCGCCAGACAAAGUGGCUAGCUGCGACGUGACUGGUCCGCCGUGCGGUUGCCGCAGCCAACGAACCCGGCGUCUGCAAAGGACCCGAGCCGGACGCCCCCCGGGCGCCGAGGAAGCGCGGCCCGCGUACUCUGGGCGCCGCAACCUACACAUAACGAUACUAGAUUUGCACUGCACCUCGGAAUCCAUCUACACCUAAAAUGCCACCUGCAAUUGGAGGACCAGUCGGAUACACCCCCCCAGACGGAGGCUGGGGGUGGGCCGUGGUAGUUGGAGCUUUCAUUUCUAUCGGCUUCUCUUACGCGUUUCCCAAGUCCAUCACUGUCUUCUUUAAAGAAAUUGAAGUUAUAUUCAGCGCGACCACCAGUGAAGUGUCAUGGAUAUCGUCCAUCAUGCUGGCCGUCAUGUAUGCCGGAGGUCCUAUCAGCAGUAUCCUGGUAAACAAAUAUGGCAGCCGUCCAGUAAUGAUUGCUGGUGGCUGCUUGUCUGGUUGUGGCUUGAUCGCAGCUUCUUUCUGUAACACAGUGCAGGAACUUUACUUGUGCAUUGGUGUCAUUGGAGGUCUUGGGCUCGCUUUUAACUUGAACCCAGCUCUGACCAUGAUUGGCAAGUAUUUCUACAAGAAGCGACCAUUGGCCAAUGGACUGGCCAUGGCAGGGAGCCCCGUGUUCCUCUCUACCCUGGCUCCACUUAAUCAGGCUUUCUUUGGUAUUUUUGGCUGGAGAGGAAGUUUCCUAAUUCUUGGGGGCCUCCUGUUAAACUGUUGUGUAGCUGGGUCCCUGAUGCGACCAAUAGGGCCCACACCAGGCAAGGUAGAAAAACUGAAGUCUAAAGAAUCUCUUCAGGAGUCUGGAAAGUCUGAUGCAAACACAGAUCUCAUCGGAGGAAAUCCCAAAGAAGAAAAGCGAUCGGUCUUACAAACAAUUAAUAAAUUCCUAGACUUGUCCCUGUUUGCCCACAGGGGCUUUUUGCUGUACCUGUCUGGCAAUGUGGUCAUGUUUUUUGGACUCUUUACCCCUUUGGUCUUUCUUAGUAACUAUGGUAAGAGUCAGCAUUUUUCCAGUGAGAAGUCAGCCUUCCUCCUUUCCAUUCUGGCUUUCGUUGAUAUGGUAGCCAGACCUUCCAUGGGACUUGCAGCCAACACCAAGUGGAUCAGACCUCGGAUCCAGUACUUCUUUGCUGCUUCUGUGAUUGCGAAUGGAGUGUGCCAUUUGCUAGCGCCUUUGUCUACAAGCUACGUUGGAUUCUGUAUCUACGCCGGCGUCUUUGGGUUUGCCUUUGGUUGGCUCAGCUCCGUAUUAUUUGAAACAUUGAUGGACCUCGUUGGACCCCAGAGGUUCUCCAGUGCUGUGGGCUUGGUGACCAUUGUGGAAUGCUGUCCUGUCCUCCUAGGGCCACCACUUUUAGGCCGCCUCAAUGACAUAUAUGGAGAGUACAAAUACACAUACUGGGCCUGUGGCGUGAUCCUCAUCAUCGCAGGCGUCUAUCUCUUCAUUGGCAUGGGCAUCAACUACCGACUUGUGGCCAAAGAACAGAAAGCAGAGGAGAAGCAAAAAAGGGAAGGCAAAGAAGACGAGAACACAGAUGUUGAUGAGAAGCCAACGGAGGCAACCAAAGCAGCACAGUCGCCACCGCAGCAGAGUAGCCCCGGAGACCCCGCAGAGGAGGAGAGUCCUGUCUGACCUGGGCAGCGUGACCAGAGCAGUGUGUGUGACCCAAGACAUCGAAACCAUCCUGCUGGCCUCUAGUCUACCAGUGGUGCUCAAUGCAGACAGUGGACAUUGUGUGAAAAAUCUACCAGGUGUUCAUUGGUGGAAUUUUUUUUUUCACUCCUUACCAAUCCCUGAAUUUAAAAUAUACUAUGCUUUAGGUAGGGAGUGGUUGGCAAAGGAUAUGGGAAAGAAGUAGGGAUUUUGUUUUGUUUUGUUUUGUUUUGUUUUAAUCUUAGCUUUCAACAGUGUCAUGAAGAUUAUAAUAUGUGCCUUAUUAAGUUUUAGUUUUUAGAACUCUUUAGAGAGCCUUAACUUUUAAAACCAUUCUGCUAAAUUCAUCUAUUUUAAAUGUCAUUUUAAAACAAAAGAUAACAACUAGCUUGCUUGAGGUAACUCUAA